AUGGAUGCCUUCGUUCAGCGGCUGCCGCGUCCAAGGCCACAGUCGCCAGUAAAAUCGCCAACGAGGCCAUCGCCACUAGGUGAACGGCCGGCCAAGAAGGUCAAGGUUGAGAUUGAAGAUAGCGAUGGCGGCGACGAUGACAACUCUGCCACAGAGGAUGCUGAUACCUCAGGACUGACUGUCAACGAUGCCUCUGAUGACGAGGAUGAAAAAGAUCGCCACAUUCGUGAGACUGCGAUCGAGAGCGCUCUGCCGCCAAUCCAGGCUGACAAGGAGGCUAUCGAGGAGUACGAGCUGAUGAGAAGUUCUCAAGUCAGCGCCGCCGAUGAGAAAGAUCCUCCUUCGUCAGACCGGAAGUGGGUUCGGGGCAAGAGCUCUAUCUAUGUCGAUGCCUUCAAUCUCGCAUUAGAUACUGUCUUGGCGGACGAAUCCCAUCUGUUCAACGCGAAGGAGCUCCAUGUCUUUGAGCAGUGGAAAAAUCUCGACUAUGAAGCACAAUAUCUUUACGUCCGCCUGUUCCUUCGUAAGACAUCCGCUUGGCACCGUCAGGACCGGCUAGGAUACUACAGUGAUAUUUCUGAUCCAGAGUUGGCAAUCAAAACUUUGCAAGAGACCAGGGAUCUCCCAGAAGUGGAAACUUCGUCGCAUAGCAAUCCCGUGGAGGGUGUUGAUCUCGAAGAAUUUAGUUUGAGCGAUACCUUCACGUUUGCUGACGCCUCAGAAGAGCACAUAACGACCAUCGAAGAAGCAUCUUCGCUUCUGAGUCUUGAUGAGCUCAAAGAUCUUGCUAAGGAGGCAAAGUUUCAAGGUCGGAACAAGAUGGAUCUGGUGAAGGCGCUAUGUCGAACGAGCCAUCAGCAAACCGGGCUCUUCGCACAUGGGCUACAAAGAUCUGCCAGUGGAGAGUCUCAGAAUGCUAAUGGGUUUUUGGGAGGAGGACGCGAUACCCCUCCACACUUGGCCAGGCAGGACUCGAACCGGACAGCACACUUUCUAGAAAAGAUCAGGGCCAUGACCGGUCCCUGUAUCAGGCUCUCACCCUUGACUUACAGGCUCUUUGAGAGAGUUCACCUUGUCUUCUAUCGGUCAGCAGAGUGGACGGAGAAGUCUCUGACAGCGAUCAUACUCGCUAGCAUUGCUCGACGAAGCUAUCCAGACUAUAUCGUCUGCAGAAGCACAAACAUUUUCGCUUCUCGUAGGCACGUUCUCGAGUUCGAGGCCGCAAUUCGCGUCGAGGCAGAGGUUGACUCUGUCCUGGAGUUCAACGGACCACCCGGCGAGGCAGGCUUCCGCAAAAUUGUUGAUGUCUUCGACCGGGUGUAUCCCCGCUGGAAGGCCCUCUUGAGAGAAGAACAAGAGAAGGAGGAGCGGCUUUAUGAAGAAGGUGAAGGUGCCUACCUCAGAAGAUUCACGCCUGUUCACUCUUACACCCGUAUCAUACACAAGGCGGCGUAUGUGUUUGGAAAGCUAAAGGACUACGAACGCGAACAUUCUCUUCUCACGGAGCUCCUAGACCAGCAUUUGUUCCACCCAGCACGAAGAGGGAGUUGGUACCAGCGCAAGGCUUUACUGGAAGAGCAUUACAUGCACGCUCUAGAUGCCAAACCAGUUUCGACGGACCCAGAUUUGCAGAAGAAACAUUGGAAACGAAUAGCUGCUGCGACGUGCGAGGCAGGUCUCCAAGAUAACGACUGCCACUUGAUUUUCCACUAUGACCUCCAAAAGCGGCUCGUCAAGCUUGAGAAACAGCUUCGUAUACCCCGUCGACUACAACAUGAUUUUGGUCAUGUCCGUCUCCAAAAGCCCGUCGAGCACACUGUUGAGGGAAUCCAGUUGAAGAAAGAAGACCCCCAAGGCAGGAAUGGCCGUCUAGCAAGCACCAAGACCGUUUGGGUCGACGAGAGGGAAGAUGGCGGCGAAUGCAGUGUCGAGGAAAUGUGCCUGAGCUGGUAUCGCGGCCAGGGAUACAAAGGUUACCACGCCGAAGGAGGCAUCGUGCGAACCCUCUUUGCCUACCUCUUUUACGACAUUCUGUUUCUUUACAUUCCCAACGUGUUCCAGACAGCCUACCAAACAUGCCCUCUGGACUUACACACCGACGCUUUCUACCCAACUCGAGCCUCUGAGAUUAAUCACCGUUUAGUGGAUAUUGCGAAUGGUGGUGCGGAGCGCAUCAUCCGAGAGGUCGACAACAGAGAACGUGAGCGGAGAACCUGCGUUAUCGGGCUCAACUGGGAUUACGACGUCGAGGAUCUUGUAGAACUCGUCGGGUGCUUCAACGGCAGCGCACUGGCCGCCGUCUGCAAGGUGAUGGCACAGGAGUAUCGACAGCGGGGCGGAGGCCUGCCCGAUUUGAUACUCUGGCGGACGGAGCCAGAGAAGGAGUGUAUGUUUGCCGAAGUCAAGAGCGCCAACGACCGGCUCAGUGACACACAAAGGCUAUGGAUCCAUGUGCUCACAGGCGCAGGCGUAAAAGUGGUGCUCUGCAACGCUGUGGCCAAGGAAGUGAAGAUUGUGGACUGA